AGUACUAGAUUAAUACUGUCCGCCAUAACGUAAGAACAGUAAAAAUGUCGCAGCCCAGCAGACUUCAGAGUUCAAAGCGCAGACUCUCUUUCAUACGCACAGUAAUACUCCAUAAUUUUGUACAGAAAAAAUCAAAUUUCAUAAAAUCCAAAUCUUUUAUAUUAUCCACCAAAACAAAUUAAAUUAAAUUUCCUUAAAUUGAUAAACAAACCCCUUUUAUUUGCACGUUAAAUUGGCGCCCUUUUCCCAUUUCUGUUCUUGUAACAAAGAAAAGAAAACACAAAAGACAACAUCACCAUUUUAUUCUCUUUCUCUCUCCUCGUCUAAUCUUCCCUAAUAAUGAAAACAAAAGAAGCAUUAAUUCUAUAGAGAUUUUCAAACGUUAUUAUUUUUAUUUCUGUUCUUGUAUAAUUUAUUUCUCUGAUGAUUAUUGUUUAGGGAAUUCAGUUCAACUUCUUCCUCUGUUUUUCAAACAAAUACUCUGUUUUUUUUUUUGAGUUUUUCAAAAACGAAUGGAGCCAAUUGGGAGAAGAACAAGACUACAACGAGCACUGAGGAGUGAGAAAACGAAAAAGGAUAACAAACAAGCUCGUAUUGCGGCUCGACGGAGAUUUAACGCGGCGAAAACGGCGGUAAUAGAAAACGGUUUCCGUUAUGUUUCUGCAACUGAUGAUGAUGGUGAGGACAGUGAUGAUGACGAGGAAGCAGCUGUUGUUGUUGAUGAGGAAGAAUUCAUGAGAGGGUAUGUCGCACCCAACAACAAUGAUGUUAAUGCGAAUUAUAAUCCUUUCUUAAUUGCUAAUAUAGUUGCUGAAGAAAAGGGUAAGGGAGUAAUCAAUGAUUAUUAUGAAACUGGGUUCGAAAGUGAUGAAUCAUUGCAGAUUAUUGGAGAGAGAUGGAAUCCUCUUGAUGUUUGCGAUAAUGCUUCUGAUGAUGACAAUGAAGUUGUUGAUGUUGCUGAUGUUGUUGAUUUUGAUGUUGCUGUUGAUGAUGUUGUUGAUUUUGAUGUUGAUAUUGAUGAUGUUGUUGAUUUUGAUGUUGCUGUUGACGGUGUUAAUGGUGGUGGCGGUGGUGGUGGUGACGGCGGUGGUUGUCCGCUUUUAAGGGGUGGAAAUGAAGAGGAUAAACCCGGGACUUCCGGGGUUAAGGACUUUGAGAUGGCUGAUUUGGAGUUUAGUGAGGGGAGUGACUGUGGUUUUCAGGUGGGGAUUCCGGAACUUUCUGAGAGUUCGGAGAUUUUAAGCUCAGAUGAUGACGAUGAUGAUGAUGAUGAUGAUGAGGAGGAGAAGGAUGAAGGAAGAUGUGUUAGUUCAUAUGAUGAGAUUUUGAAGAUGGUUCCUGAGGUUAAGAAACGAAGGAGGUCGCCGGAAAAGAUUGACCCUACUCAUCUGAAGACACAGAAGGUGGUUGCGCCGCCGCCUCGGAAACGGCUGCUAGUGUUUGAUGAGGAGGAGGAUGAGGAGGAUUUGUUAGGCCAAGUACCUAAAGAGGAGGUGGUGACGGAGGAGGAGGUGGUGGCGUUGGGAAAGAAACCUCAGGUAGUUUCAGACAAUGCGCCUCCUAAAAAGGCGGAGGUGGUGGCGUUGGGAAAGAAACCUCAGGUAGUUUCAGACAAUGCGCCACCGAAAAGGGCGGAGGAGGGGGUGGUGGUAUUUGCACUUCCUUGUAGGAAACAGUCUCGGAAAAAGCCGACGAAGAGGCAUAACGUGUUGGACACUUUUGAGUCUAUUUUUGAGAGGGAGGAGAAUGUAGCGUUUGACACUACUCGGAAGGAGGCGGCGGCGAAAGUGGUAGGUACUUUUCCGGCGAACUUAGUGUUUGACACUACUCGGAAGGAAGCGGCGGCGGUGGCGGCAGUGGUAGGUACUUUUCCGGCGAAGGUAGUGUUCAAUGAUCACAACAAGAAGAAGGUAAAGGUUAAGGAUGUUGAAGAUGGGUUGUUGAACACGAUUUUGGAGAAUGGGAAUGCAGCUGUUUUGGAUGAUAUUCACACGAAAGAAGUUGAGGAUCUUCUUCGAAAGUUUAGGUUCGGUGUUGAGGAGAAACCGGUGCCGGAAAAGACAAUCGAUGAAGAAGACAUUGAAGGCUUGUUUAAGGAGUUGGAUUUUGGGCUUGAUGUUUGUGAUAUUGGUUUGCAAACUCCUUGUUUAUAUGACAAUGAAGAGGAAGAUACCAUACUCUGCGACAAUGCAGUUUCUCAAGCAAAACUUUGCCGGCAAGGGAAGCACUUUCUAGUAGAAAAUGAAGAAAUUGGGUUGAUAUGCAAGUUUUGCAAGAUUGUGGCAGUUGAAAUUAGAGACGUAACACCAGCUUUUAAUGACAAUCCAUUUGGGAAAUCAGUGAGCUCAAGCAAUGGAAGGUUCCCACAUGACCAUAAAAGCAACACCUCUGAAGGAUUUCAGUUUCUUGAUUCAGACAAUGAUACCAGAUCUGCUCAUGAAGAAGAGGACACCCGUGGUACAGUUUGGGACCUAAUUCCCGGUACAAAAAGGACAUUAUAUGAACACCAACAGAAAGGGUUUGAGUUCAUCUGGACAAAUGUUGCUGGUAGUAUAAAAAUUGAUGAUCUUGGAAAACCAUCAGAGUUUGGUCUAGGGGGGUGCAUAAUCUGUCAUGCACCGGGAACUGGAAAAACACGUUUAGCCCUUGUUUUCCUUCAAUCAUACCUAAAGAAAUACCCCAUGUCAAAACCUGUUAUUAUUGCUCCGAGUAGCAUGCUUCUAACUUGGGAAGAACAGUUUGCAAGAUGGAAUGUUGAUGUCCCCUUUGUGAACCUAAACAGUGAUGAACUUUCAAGUAAGGAAACUGAGGUACUUAAAUGUGUGAAAAGUUUCAAACAUAGCAAGUCUAUUAGGAAGGCAAAGCUUUGUAUUUGGGCUAUGGGAAAGGGUGUAUUAGGACUUAGUUACAGAAUGUUUGAGAAACUUGCUGGUGAAAGGAAGAACACUGAUGUUGUAAUCAAGAAAGCCCUUCUUGAACAAUCUGGUAUACUUGUUCUUGAUGAAGGACACACACCUAGAAAUGAGGAUAGCUAUAUUUGGAAGGUUUUCUCUGAUGUUAGAACCAAGAAAAGGAUCAUACUUUCUGGUACACCUUUUCAGAACAACUUUGUGGAGCUGAAUAACACACUUUCUCUUAUUAGGGAAGAGUUUGGGGAUCCUUUACUGAAAGGGAAUCAAGUUCAGAGUGUAAGAAAAGGUAAAAGGAGGUUUUACAGUGAUAGUAGUAGCAGAGUAGUGGAUGAAGAGAAAAGGAUUCAGGAAUUGAGAAACCGUCUGAAACCCUUUGUUCAUGUUCAUAAAGGGGAGAUUUUGAGGAAGACUCUUCGCGGGUUGUUUCAUUCAGUGAUUGUGUUAAAACCAUCUGAUUUGCAGAAGCAGUAUAUCCAGAAAUUGGGGGUGAUUAGGUCAACCUUAUUAGCAGAUUACUUGGUGUCAAUUACAUCAGUACACCCUUGUCUUUUGUACAAGUGUGAGCAAGUACCAAAGUUUGUUAAUAAGGAGUUGCUACAAAUCUACAAAACAGACUUAGAUGUUGGGGUGAAAAUCAAGUUUCUGUUUGAACUAAUCAAACUCAGCAAAGGAGAGAAGGUCUUGGUUUUUAGUCAAUUUCUGAUACCCUUAACUUUCAUAGGAGAGUUACUGAAAUCACACUUCAAUUGGUCUGAAGGAAAUGAGUAUUUACUAAUGGAAGGAAAACAAAGAACUAAGUUAAGGCAAUCCUUAAUAGGACAGUUUAAUGAUCCUUUAAGUUCAGCAAGGGUUCUUUUAGCUUCAACAAAGGCGUGCUGUGAAGGGAUUCACCUUGUUGGUGCUUCGAGGGUGGUCUUGCUUGACGUGGUUUGGAAUCCUUCUGUUGAAAGACAAGCUAUAAGCCGAGCCUAUAGGCUCGGACAGAAGAAGGAUGUGUAUGUUUAUCACCUUAUUACAGCGGGAACACUUGAACGCGAGAAGUAUGAUAGACAGGUGGCGAAAGAGCGUGUUUCUGAACAGGUGUUUAUUUCAUCUGAGGGUGAAGGAUUGAAGACAAACACAUUGUCAGGGAUUUCAGAGGAUCGGAUUCUUGAAGAGAUGAUUGAACAUGAGAAAUUGAAGAAUAUGUUUGAGAAGAUUAUAUAUCAGCCUAAAGCUCAUAAGUUGAUUGAAAGCUUUGGUCCUUUAACUUUGUAGAUUGAUUAUCUAUCUUGUUUCCUAACAUUAAGAUUUAGACCUAAUGCUGUUCAUAUUCUGCGGCUACUUAUGUAAUUGAAACAGCUUUGAUGGAUGUGUUUUAUGAUGGAUUAGUUAUAAUAGUUUAUUGCUAAUUGAUGCA